AUGCUGCUUAACGUCGACAAGAACUGCACUGUGCUACAGUAUGAAGACACAAUCGUUGACCUGUGCUACCACAUGAAAUAUAUGUACGUUGGCGAUAGCAUCCGCUCCGAAACCGACCGCAUAAUCACUCAGUUGCGUCCAUCGCUACAGCUGAAGCUGCGCUACAUCAGCAACAUCAACAUCGAUCAUGGCAGCGGUGGGACUAGCUCCGUUACCUCUUCGACCGGUUGA